AUGACUGAAUUUGAGCAAUUUAUGAAACGAAAUAACAUCAGACACAUUUUUUCUGCACCAUACCAUCCUGCUUCAAAUGGACAAGCAGAGAGAACCGUCCAAACUGUGAAAAACAGUCUUAAAAAGAUAGAAUCGAAUGGUCAAUCCAUUGAGACCAGAGUAAGCCGUUUGCUGUUCACGUACCGCAUCACACCACACACCACCACGGGCAGGUCACCUGCAGAACUACUGUUCAAUCGUCAAUUAAGGAGUGCCCUCCAUUUCGUUAAACCAGAUCUGAAACAGACAGUCAAGGGGAAACAGAUGGAUUCUGAGAAUCGAAGUCAUCGAUUGAAACCGCUGCGGCAAUUUCUAGACCAAGAGGAGGUACUGAUUAGAAAUUUUGGUCAAGGACCACGGUGGGUGAGAGGAAACAUUUCGAGAAAGAGAGGACCUGUGACAUACGAUGUUGAAGUGGGAGAGAAAAUCGUUCAACGCCACAUCGAUCAAAUGCGAGCUGCAACCGGCGAGAGAUUAGCUGAUUCAGCAAUGGUAGAGACAGACCCACCUCUGGCUGUGCUACCACAGUUUGAACCGUCAGAAGUUGACGAAACCGUUACUGAAAUCGAGCCAAGGGUCCAGUUACCUGUUCCUGAGACAUCUGAGCCGUUUGAAGACGUUGCAGAAGAUGUGAACAAGGACACCAAUUCUCGACCUGAACGAUCUCGCCGUUUACCAAAGCAUUUCGAGGACUAUGACUUGAACCGCAUUGUAUACGUUUAA